AUGCAUUAUGAAUAUCAAACAAAAAAACUAUGGCAUCGUUUACGUAUUACAAAUUUAUCACCAAGUAUAUUUACAUUACUUCUCAGUAUAUUUAAAAAUUCUUUUGAUGAGAAUGAUAACAAACAACGACGAAUAACAACAGCAGAUGUCGCUAGUAUAUUAAGUAAAGAUGUAUUUAAAUUUAUUAAUAAAUUACUAGUUGGUGAUGUUGGUCUGACCGAAAUGUUGAAUUUAAAAACAACAUUUUCUAACAAUAGUAUUGAUAUAAAAAAUGAAGUUAUAAAAUUAUAUUUAUCUCAAAGUGGUGAUAGUAAAAAUCUGAGAAGACAAAUUGAAAAAAUAUAUGAAUGGUUACAAAUAUAUCAAUAUUUUAGUUUUAUAUCAACAAUUAUCGAUUGUAUAAAAUCUUUUGAAAUUAUAGAUGAUAAUAAUCAAUCCAUAACACAAUUAAAAAAUCUUAGUAAUAUUGAUGAUAAACGUAUAAAACAUAUAUCAGAAUCAUAUGAAACAUCAAAAAUUAUAUUCAAUGGGUUAGAUAACAAACAUUUACAAUUAAUUAAAGUGACAUUGGAAUGUCAUUCUCUUAUACAAAUGUUUAAGAAAGCUGAUUUAUAUAGUAGAAAAGGACGAUUAAAAUUUCGUGAAUUACGUGACAAUUUAACGACACAAUUUCAAUUACAAGAAAAAUUUAAUCUUAUAUUAAAUGCUCUUAUUGUAACAUAUGCUGUAUGUGAACCAUUUGUUUUAAAAGUAUUAAAUGUUGAAGAAUUUUUUAAACGUUUGUUGAAUUUACAUAAUAUUGAUGAAUCGAUUAAUCAAUUACGAAUUGUUAAUGAAAAUAUUCAAUUAGUUAAUUUAUGGUUAUCAACCGAUGAAAUAAGUACGUUAGAUAAUGCAUUAAUAACAAUGGGACGAUUGUAUAAAAGUGGAAAGAUUGACAUUCAUUUAAAACAUUUAAUUGAUGAAAAAUCUUAUUUUGAAUUAAACUAUUCUAUAGAAAAAAUACGUCAUAUGACAACACUGCAUGACAUUGAUAAUAUUUCAGUUUCUCCUCUUCAACAACAACAAAGUCUUAUGAGACGUUAUUACAGUAAUGAAAUAGAAAAAAUUAAUUUCACAAUGUCACAAUCUGAUAUAAUUGAUCAUAAACGACAACUAACAUUUUGUAACGUUGAUUUACAAAAUAUGUCACAUAAAAAAUUGAUGCUUGAUGGACAACUACAAAUAUUAAAAAUUAUCGAAAAUAUUUUUUCUUUACUAAUUCGAUUAGAAUCAGUCGGACAUCCACAUUAUCAAAUGAAAAUAAUGUCUUACGAUAUUAGUGAUAAAAAUGGUGAUUUAUCUUUAAUAAUGAAAAAAGAAAGUGAACAACAACAACUGAAUAUCACUGAUAUAACUCAGGUGCAAACAUCUUUAACAGUUUGGAUAGAUAAUUUAAGAACUCAAUUAAAAACUUUGGAUAUGACACUAAAAAAUUUGGUACACUGUCUUCAAUGUUAUCGUAAAAAUUAUCCGAUCUUGAAAUUGUUUACAAAUAGACAAAUAAUGAUUAUGUUAAUAUUAAUAUCAUCAACAUCAACAAAUACGGAGUUAAAAGCAAUAUUUUUGAACCAGUUGUAUGACAACUAUCUUUUAAACAAUCAACAAAAUGAGGAUCAUGUAGAACAAAAGCAGCAGCAACAAAAACGUUUAACCAUCGAUUGUAUGAAACAUUAUUUGCGAAUGAUUGAAAUACACAAAUAUCAAAAUAUUCAUGAUGAUUUAUUUGAAAGAUAUUUGAAAGAAUAUUCUAUUGAGUUGCGUGGUGAUAUAGAACAUUCAUUAGACAAACUUUAUCAUUAUUUACUAGCAGAUAAAUUAACUGUGGACCAUCGUAUUUAUGUUUAUAAUGAUAAUCAUACACCAUUAUAUGCAGUUCAAAUUAAAAGCAUAAAAACAUUAUGGAUGAGGCCAAACACAUGA